CAGAAAUGAAACUGCUGAUUUGCAUAUGAGAGCAUGAAAGUACUGAAAUCUUUAAAAUUUUUGAAUUCGUCUGCUUAUUACGGAACAUCUACGUUGUCACCUACUACAACCCAGAAUUUAUAUUUAACCUCGUCGAGGACGAGAUUUGAACGUUCUUUUCUUUUUCGGCCAUUACCCAAAGCCAUGGGCAAAUUUAUGAAAACAGGCAAGGUAGUUCUUGUGCUGAAUGGCCGAUUUGCAGGUCGUAAAGCGGUCAUAGUAAAGAAUUAUGAUGAAGGUACAACAGAAAAACCCUAUGGCCAUGCACUUGUUGCUGGAAUCGACAGAUACCCCAGAAAGAUCACAAAAAGUAUGGGAAAAAAGAAACAAAAGGACAGAUCUAAACUUAAGAGUUUCCUCAAGAUAUACAAUUUCAACCAUCUGAUGCCAACAAGAUACUCUGUUGAUGUUAACUUAGACAAAGCUACAGUAAACAAAGAUGCUUUCAGAGACCCAGCUCUGAAAAGGAAAGCAAGAAAAGAUGCUAAAGCUAAAUUUGAAGAAAAAUACAAGACAGGAAAAAACAGAUGGUUCUUCCAGAAGUUACGAUUCUAAGUUAACAAAUAAAUUUAAAAAAAAACA